AUGGAACAUAGAAGAUUGCGCAAAGGGCCGCUGCCUGGAGGUCGUCAGGGCGCGUCUGGAGCUGGCGCUGGACGCGACAGCAUGCGAACCGCCAGCCGAGCGCGAGGUGCUGCACGACCACCCAGUAGCCCCUCGCAUCCAUCAUCCCCACCAGCUUGCUUGGUGUCGGCAGGGUCUUCGCAGGCCCAGCAAUCGGCACCCGCCACUGGUGGAGUACGCCGCAUGCGAUGGACCAUCAAUAUGAAUUCAAACGCAUUGCGGGCGUAUUUUAGGGCGAAAGGGGGAGAAAUUGGAGGUUUCGCGUAUCGGGCUAGGAUGCAUCGUCUUUUUACUGAGCUGGAGCCAUCUAUUACUGUCACCGAGCAAAACCUGGCAGACCGAGUUCGGUAUAUCUUACGCUCAAAUAUAUUUGAUGGCGCCGAACUCGAACGGCUACGACGUGAGGCUGUUCCCUCAUCAAAUGAAAACGCUACGACUGAGGGUGCGGUGCCACAAGUUGCAGAACAACCCGCACACGUGGAUGCCGCCGAGAAUACCCCAGUGGUUGCUGAUUCAAAUGAUGAUGGAACAUUCACCCAGGAACUAGAAAUAGAGCAAAUGAGGAGUACAUUGGAAGAGGCGAUUAUGGAAACGCGCAGUACGCCUCUCGAAAAUCGACCGCGACUUCCCCGCAUAGCCCUAAGCAAGCGGAAUCGGGCUGUCGUGAGGGCUCUGAACCCAAUGCUGGUGACCUAUUUGGAAGCCAGCCGGGACCUUUGCGAGACGGACUCAAUUCUCUUUGGCGCCGCACUGGCAGUCUGCCGUAUUAUAGGCGCCAAACUUUCCACGGCUGGACGCACUACUGGACAAAGUAGUGCUAUCCCAGCCUGGAGAACAGGAAUUGAAGAACGUAUCGCAAAGGCUAGGGCCCUCAUCGGCAGACUGAUAUGCUUCAGGUCAGGCAAUACCAGGCCAAGGAUUGUGCGCACCGUCAGGAUGGCGUUUGCUGGGACAAAUGUUAGUUUGUCCCAGCCGGAUAUAAUGCAAAAACUGACGGAGCGCAUAGACGACCUGAAGCAGAGAAUCGCUGCUUGGGGAAAGCGAAUUCGGCGAUAUACCGAGAGGUCGACACGGUUCAACCAGAAUCGUCUCUUCCAGAGUGAUCAGAAGAGGCUCUAUAAAUCAUUGGAGCGACCAAUGGUAAGUGGAACGGGCCCAGUACCGAAUCAGGCCGACACGGUCGCAUUCUGGCACAGCCUGUGGUCAGAGCCCGUAAACAACAACGAGGGCCCUUGGACGGAAGUUGUGGCGAGUCAGUGUGCGGGUAUUACGCCCAUAGACCCCGUCACCAUAACGCCGGAUGACGUAGCUGAGGCGGUCCGUAGGGCCCCGAACUGGAAAAGUCCGGGACUCGACGGGCUGCAUCACUACUGGCUGAAGGGGUUCGUGCUGGAGCCAUCUAUUACUGUCACCGAGCAAAACCUGGCAGACCGAGUUCGGUAUAUCUUACGCUCAAAUAUAUUUGAUGGCGCCGAACUCGAACGGCUACGACGUGAGGCUGUUCCCUCAUCAAAUGAAAACGCUACGACUGAGGGUGCGGUGCCACAAGUUGCAGAACAACCCGCACACGUGGAUGCCGCCGAGAAUACCCCAGUGAUUGCUGAUUCAAAUGAUGAUGGAACAUUCACCCAGGAACUAGAAAUAGAGCAAAUGAGGAGUACAUUGGAAGAGGCGAUUAUGGAAACGCGCAGUACGCCUCUCGAAAAUCGACCGCGACUUCCCCGCAUAGCCCUAAGCAAGCGGAAUCGGGCUGUCGUGAGGGCUCUGAACCCAAUGCUGGUGACCUAUUUGGAAGCCAGCCGGGACCUUUGCGAGACGGACUCAAUUCUCUUUGGCGCCGCACUGGCAGUCUGCCGUAUUAUAGGCGCCAAACUUUCCACGGCUGGACGCACUACUGGACAAAGUAGUGCUAUCCCAGCCUGGAGAACAAGAAUUGAAGAACGUAUCGCAAAGGCUAGGGCCCUCAUCGGCAGACUGAUAUGCUUCAGGUCAGGCAAUACCAGGCCAAGGAUUGUGCGCACCGUCAGGAUGGCGUUUGCUGGGACAAAUGUUAGUUUGUCCCAGCCGGAUACAAUGCAAAAACUGACGGAGCGCAUAGAUGACCUGAAGCAGAGAAUCGCUGCUUGGGGAAAGCGAAUUCGGCGAUAUACCGAGAGGUCGACACGGUUCAACCAGAAUCGUCUCUUCCAGAGUGAUCAGAAGAGGCUCUAUAAAUCAUUGGAGCGACCAAUGGUAAGUGGAACGGGCCCAGUACCGAAUCAGGCCGACACGGUCGCAUUCUGGCGCAGCCUGUGGUCAGAGCCCGUAAACCACAACGAGGGCCCUUGGACGGAAGUUGUGGCGAGUCAGUGUGCGGGUAUUACGCCCAUGGACCCCGUCACCAUAACGCCGGAUGACGUAGCUGAGGCGGUCCGUAGGGCCCCGAACUGGAAAAGUCCGGGACUCGACGGGCUGCAUCACUACUGGCUGAAGGGGUUCGUGGCCCAGCAAUCGGCACCCGCCUCUGGUGGCGUACGCCGCAUGCGUUGGACAACCCAGAUGAACAGCAACGCAUUGCGGGCGUAUUUUGGGGUGAAAGGGGGAGAAACUGGAUGUUUGGCGUAUCGGGCUAGGAUGCAUCGUCUUUUUGCUGAGCUGGAGCCAUCUUUAACCGUCACAGAGCAAAACCUGGCAGACCGAGUUCGGUAUAUCUUGCGCUCAAAUAUAUUUGAUGUCGCCGAACUCGAACGGCUACGACGUGAGGCUGUUUCCUCGUCGGAUGAGAAUGCUACGGCUGAGGAUGCGGCGCCACAAAUGGUAGAGCAACCCGCAAACGUGGAUGCCGCCGUGAAUACCCCAGUUGUGGUUGAUUCAAACGAUGAUGGAACAGUCGCCCAGGAACUGGAAUUAGAGCAUAUGAGGAGUACAUUGGAAGAGGCGAUUGUGGAAACGCGCAGUAUGCCUCUCGAAAAUCGACCGCGACUUCCCCGCAUAGCCCUAAGCAAGCGGAAUCGGGCUGUCGUGAGGGCUCUGAACCCAAUGAUGGUGACCAAUUUGGAAGCCAGCCGGGACCUUUGCGAGACGGACUCAAUUCUUUUUUGGCGCCGCGCUGGCAGUCUGCCGUAUCAUAGGCGCCAAGGUUUCCACGGCUGGACGCGCUACUGGCCAUAG